AUGCGUAAACAGGGACUAGAAGGGGGAAUAAAGGCGUUCAGCAGCGGAAAUAAAAGGAGGUUUCCACAGCAACGUUCGCCGACGAGCCACGUCACCCGGCCCCGGGUUAUUGAAGUCCCCCCUCGGCCAAGUUUGAAUUCAUUUCGGCUAGCGCCAAUGGCAACAUGAGCGGGAACAUCAGUGCGUCUGCAGUCCUCGGUUUCAAUAGGACCGGUCCGGAGGCAGCCGAUCGAGACGUGAACGACGCCAUCCAUGAGUUCAAAAUAUUUAAUAUCACCAUAGCCUCACUAGCGCUGUGCAUUCUGACCUUCACUGGGGUGCUCUGCAGCAUCUCUUAUCACAGCCGACGAAGGCAGAGGAAGCAGGCCAGGGCGUACGAGACCAGGGUGGGUCGCGGCGGCUCGGAGGACGCAGUCGACAUCCGCGGGGUUGAGCGGACGAGCAGCCUGCGGAACCCUCUCUCCCUGCUGCGGCGGCAGGACGCGCCCAGAGACAGCUCGGGCAUCUACUUCAUCUACAGCAACCCCGCCGCGGUCACCGAGGACGAAGGCGCGAUCGCCACCGCCCUGUCGGAGCCGGACCGAACCGGGCCGCCGUCCACACCACCGCCAAUCCUCCACGACCGCUACAGGAAUGCCGCCCACAGCGGCAUCAUUCUGGACCCCUCCACGUUCUACAUGCAGCUAUGAAACGCCGCCUCGCAUGACGGGCGCGACCCAAGCCUGAGAAGGGAAAGGGAUGUCAUCUGACGGCUGACAUAAAUAUUGUUGAUUUAUUUGGCAGCUACUUGGAACACAAGUGAACAGUGAGGACAGUGAAAUCGGAUACUUUUUAUGAGACGUACUCAGUCAGAUUACAAUCGGGAAUAAUAAAAACAAAAAUCACUUUGCAGUCAGUUUCACAUUCGGCACCUGUGUGUUUAUUGUGUUUUGUUUUUUUAUAAAUAUUCAGAUAAUAUCCAUUUUAUUUGGUUAAGGCAAUGUUGCACUCUUUCUAAAUCUGCCAAACACAACCUGAAAUGUAUUAAAAGUCUAAUAAUCUCA